ACCAAGCUCUUGAGCUUUUCAGUUGGCAUGCAUUCCGAAGAAGUGAACCUCCAGAAGAUUAUUUGGAACUCGCACAACGUGCAAUAGCUUUUGCUGAUGGCCUUCCACUAGCUCUAACAAUUUUAGGUUCUCAUCUUCGUGGUAUAGACAUAUGACGUUGGCAAGUUAUAUUAGAUGGUUACGAAGGAGAACCUUAUACCCAUAUUGAAAGAAUACUUCAAAAAAGUUAUGAUGCCUUGCAUCAUCUUUCAAAAGAAUAUUUUCUCGACAUUGCAUGUUUCUUCAAGGGUGAAUAUGAGGACUAUGUGCUACAAAUAGUACCCCAAAAAUUCAUUGAAGAAUUCGUUGACAAGGCAAUGAUAACUAUUGAAUGGGGUAGGAUUUUAAUGCACGACUUGCUAGCAAACCUAGGCAAGGAUAUAGCUCGCAAAGAAUCCCCCAAUGAUCCUGGCCAGCAUAGUAGAUUGUGGUUUUACGAGGAUGUCAAACAAGUUCUAACUGAAAGUACAGGAACAAGAAAUAUUAAAGGCAUCAUGGUGAAGCUUCCAGAACCAACUGAAAUAACCUUGAAUCCAGAAUGCUUCCGUAAUAUGGUAAAUCUUCAAAUUUUCAUAAACCGUAAUGCAUCUCUACGUGGGCACAUUAACUAUCUGCCCAACGCGUUAAGAUGGAUUGAUUGUGGUGGAUAUCAGUUACAAUCUUUGCCACCCAAUUUUCUUGGAGAGCGUCUUGUUAUGUUCAAUAUGCCUCACAGUAAUAUCAGACAAUUGGAGAGACUUAAGCAUUUGCCAAACCUGACAUCUUUGAAUUUGAGGGGUUGUCAAUUCUUAGAAAAAAUCCCAGACUUAUCCGGAAUCCCAAACAUAGAGCACUUGAUUCUAAGUGAUUGUACACAUUUGGUUGAGAUUGAUGAUUCUGUUGGACUCCUUGAUAAACUUGUUGUAUUACGUCUCGAUGGAUGCGUUAAGCUUACGAGGUUUGGAACAAGACUUAGAUUGAAAUCCUUAAAAAAACUUUUUCUAAUGGGUUGUAAAAGGCUUGAGAGUUUUCCAGAAAUAGAAGUCGAGAUGAAAUCACUAUGGGCAUUGAAUAUGACAGGAAGUGGCAUAAGAGAAUUGCCUCUAUCAAUUGCAUAUCUUACUGGGCUCAGACAUUUGAUUCUUGGUGGAUGCUUCAAUCGUACAAGGCUUGAGAUUUCCCUAAAAUUACAGCUGCUUUAUUGCUGGUCCACAUUACGAGUACUUAAUCUAUCUGGAAACAAUUUUGUCACACUUCCAGAAUGCAUUAGAAAAUUUGUGAGCUUGUACGAGCUUUAUUUGCUUGAUUGCAAGAGUCUUCUAGAAAUUCCACAAGAAGUGUUUCCACCAAGAGUAGGUCGGGUAUUCCUGGAUAACUGCACAUCAUUGGAAAAAGUUCCAAAAUUGCCACUAUCAUCGGAGGUUGAGUUUAAGCAUCUGAGUUUGAUCAAUUGCGUUAGACUACGUGGCUGUGACAUCACAGAAAAUGUUUUUCUGGAUCAAGUUUCUGUCUCUCUUUUUUUUUUGGUCAGAAAGUGGGAUUUCAUUAACAAGCCAAAGCAGCCACCAAAACGAAACCAAACAAAGGAAAAAGUCCCAGAUAGACAGGACGAGCAAAGAAAACAAACUAAAAGCAAACUGCAAUUAGCCAUCACACGGAUGUCGCAGAGCUGCUCUAAACGUCGCCACCUGCAAGAAGCCUCCAACCAAACUAAGGAUCAGGUAUCUUCUCAUCCGCAAUCUCAAUUUAAAAUUACUCUUCCAGGCGAUGAAGUACCAAAGUGGUUCAGCUGCUGUAAAGAAGCAACACUAGUUAAAGACGAAUACACUUCUAGGGUUGCUCGAUGUGAAGUUUGUUUUGAAAUUCCUCCAAAUUUAGAUUGGGAGACGUUAAGAUUGGUUCUAUGUGUUGUUAAUAAAGGAAAGUUAUCUGUUGAUAGAGGCAGGGCAGACACAUAUGUUCAUAUCAAUAGAAAAAUGGUCCAAUUGACACAUAUGAAACCAAAGGAAACUCAUGUGGCUCUUGAGUGUAUUACAUUAUUGAAUCUGAGCAUCGUACGAACUCAUGAGGCUCAUCAACUUAUUCCAUUACAUGUGGGGGAAGAACUGACGUGGUUGCAGCAGGGCAAUAUGUGUCAAAUUAUAUUUGAGUUCUAUGACAUGCCCACACCCGUUAAAAUCCUCUGCGGGGUCCACCUAUUAGGCCACCAAGUUGCUGAUGUCACAGUUGAUCCUGGGCGAAGGCAGUGGUUGUUGCCUGAUGCGAUGGCAGUGGACGAUGAUAUUCAUGAUGAUCAACACCAAGACAACGAAUUGCUUUCCUUGCCUUCAGCAUCAGAGACUAGUCUUGGCAAGAGGCCUCGGUUAUCAGAUUUCAUGGCACUUGAUGUUGAUCAUCGUGCUAACGUCGUCGACGUUGGUUAUCAUGAAGCUCAAAGAGGAGAGGCGAAUCACCCAAAGAGGAGGCACACUGAUUUUAACGAGGAGCCAAAGCAAUGAAGUUCCGAAGUGAUUUAUGUGAGCCCCAGGUUCAUAUGUAAGCCCCAGGUUCAGCUGUCGAUACGAACCAAAUUUCCAGGCAAUGGUCUGGUAAUCAAGAGGUGUGUUGAGGCGCCAGCAGUUUCUGAGAUUCCAUUUUAAGUUGCAUAAGGCAAUACCUUUCUUCUCAAUUGAUGCAUCCAGCAUUUAUCCGCAGAUGAACAAAACUGGUUGCAAGCCGGAUUUAUCUAUGCUUUCAUUCCACACAUAUGCUUUGUCUAUGCUUUAUCUAUGCUUUCAUAAUUUCCUAUCAAGGUUUGUUGAAAAUCAGACAUUAAUUCUAAACUUUCGUCCAAAUAUGCCCAAAAUAUUUUUGUUGAAA